AUGGAAUCUAAGGAGCAUAUCACUCUGGAUGAUGGACAUUCUUAUAGCUUCAAUGAAGCUUUCGGUGUAUGUCUCGCGAAGAAAGAACACGGUACAUUCGAAUGCGUAAAUCGUGGUAUUCUAAGUGCCUUGCAAUCUUUAAACGACAAGGAGAGCUUGGAGUUUGGAAAGAUGCGACUGGACAGAUCGGAGGGCUACGGCAGAGAUCUUCUGGAUCUGGACUACGAUCCGAAAGAUUUUGGAAAUGUCGUGAAAGCAGCUACCAGAUUGAUGGAACGUCGUAAUAUUAAGUGGAAUCUGGAUAAUAUAUAUCCGGGAUUACAGAUGCGCAUCGGACCAAUGCUGAACGGAAACGGGAUACUGGAAUUUGUUCUUAAUGAAAGAGCUGCUUCUUACGGCGAUAGGCAGAUUGGUACAGGAAGGCAGUUGACCAGACACAUAUUACUGCCAUUUCUAUUGGGUUUCAAAUUCAAUAUGGCAUCCCUGAUCCCACUUAUGUUCGGUUUCCUGUUAAUCGUGACCAAGAAGGCUCUUUUAUUGACGAAGACGGCAUUGUUUCUGAUCAGUCUUUUAGGAUGGAAUACGCUCUUUUCCGGAGCACCUGCAGCACCUCCUUAUUCGGCGAACGCGUUCAAUGGCUUCCAUGCUUACGGACACGAGACACCUGCUGGUGUAUACACCCAUCACGAUCAUCAUUUUCCGCAGCGACCUUACAGACCGCUGCAUGACUAUAGUCCUUAUGAUCAGCAUGUUAUUAGGGAAGUCGUCAAUGUUUACGAAGGAAAUAGCGAUUCGGGACAGAAUAGACAAAAUCGUAAAUCACGCAAUCGCUUGAUGAUGGAAAAACGGCGUUUAAUGAUUUGGAUCUUACAUAUCUUUCAUCUCGCGAUGUUCUGCAAUUUAGUGACGGCUAAAAGUGAAUUUACGAGUCUAUUCGAACGGUGCAGAAACGAGAGGAACACCUUCGAUUGCUUCAAACGACGUGCCUUGGAGAUACUCGACUCGGCUAUCCAAGAUAAUUCUGUGUAUAAAAUCAAUGAUUAUAUUUCAAUUACUAAAGAUCCAGCAUCUAUCGCCAAAAGUUACGACUCGAUGACGUCUGAAAAUGGCACGGAAUUAAGUCUCGAUCAGAAAUUGGAUAACAAGUUUCAUCAGUAUUUGACAUCGAGAAGCGUGAAACUGACAAUACCGGGCAACGCCUUUGAAGGAAGAAAAAAGAAGAAUAAGGGCUACGGAUAUGUAAUAGUAGCAGGUGCCGUGUUAGCAGGCAUGAUGGCGCAACUAGCUUAUGGGAAAAUUGCUUUCAUCGCUGGUACGGCUUUGUUGACGGCGAAAAUGGCCCUAGUUUUAAGCGCGAUAAUCGGCUUGAAAAAGCUUGCAUCGAGCGGAGGAGGUCACGAAGUGAUCUAUGCGACUGCAUCGGAACAUCAUGGAGGAGGUGGUGGUGGUGGUGGCGGAUUUGGUGGUGGAUACGGUGGCUGGCAACGAGCAAUGGAAGUUGUUCCUCCAACCUGAAUCAUAUUCGAUUAUCAAAUUCAAAAGUUUUAUGAUUUAGUUACCGCAUGUAAUACAUCUUCUUUGAUGUAUCCGAUA